CCAUGAUGCUGCUGGUACCCACUUCCCCCAGACCAACUGGUUUGGUCAUGUCAAAGCAUUUUCAUUUUUCAUUUUGGAUUUUUUGUUAAAUUUCCUCACAGAGGGCUUUUGCUCGCAUUGUUAGAGAUCACACUCAACGGGAUUACAAGGAAACUGGACUCUUCAGUCUGACCUCCAUAUACGAUGGCAUUAAAAAUGGAGGAAAUGAGCACGGUGGGAUUUUUUUUCUUCAGCGAUGUGGAAAUGGAAAAAAGCCCCAUCAAUUUUCAAAAUAAAGUUUUCCUGUAACACUUAGUAUUUGGGUGACGGAUGAUUGGGAUCCAGAGAAGAAGAAAAAAAGAAGAAGAAACUAGCGUGAGACAAAAAACAGUAAAUGACACACAACAAAACACAACAUGGAAAAAGUCACAGAAGUAAACUGCUCUCAGUCAUCACCCUUUGAUUUAGUUGGAUCAUCUUAUAUUUAUUUCAUUCUUCUGCUUUUAUUCUGUUGUUUUAACAGACAAUCUUAUGAUCUACUGAACUGCUUUAAUAUGCACUCACCACCCACUUUAUUAGGUACAGCUUACUACUCAUUUCUUCAUGGUUCAGCGAGCUGCUGGAAAUACUCCUCAGAGAUUUUGGUCCAUGUCGUUGCGACAGACACAGCUGCUGCAGAUUUGUCCAUGACGUGACUCUCCUGUUCCACCACAUAGUGUGCUUUGUUGGAUUGACAUCUGGUGACCGUGGAGGCCGUCUGAGUGAACUCGCUGUCAUGUUCAAGAAACCAGUUUGAGAUGAUUUGAGCUUUUUCAUGUGGUGUGUUAUCCAUCAGAUGAUGAGUACAGUGUGGUCAUAAAGUAACACUAUUACACCACCAGCAGCUUAAACCAUUGAUGCAAGUCAAGAUGGAUCCAUGCUUUUAUGUUGUUUACACCAAAUGCUGACCUGAUCAUCUGAAUGUCGCAGGAGAAAUUAAGAUCGACCAAGCAGUCGCCAAAUUUUGAUGAGCCCAUACUAAAUAUAGUCUCAGUUCUGAGUUGUUAGCCAUCGUUAGUGGUGCGCUGCGAUCUUCUGCUGCUCGACGUGUCGUGUGCUCGGAGAUGCUCUUCUGCAUUCCUUGUUUGGAACGAGUGGUGGUUUAAGUCGCCUUCCUCGCAGCAAGCUGCCUGCUCUCUUCUGAGCUUUGGCAAAAGCGAUUCGUCUUCGUCCAGAGAACUGACGCUCACUGAAUAUUUUCUCUGUUCACUUAUUCACUUAUUCGGUAACCUCUGAUUGGCUGAUCUGAUAUUUGCUUUACCCAUGUUAAUGAGCAGUUGAACAGGUGUUCUUAAUACUCUGAGUGUCAUAGUUUGCUAAUUAGAGCUUCUUUAAUAUAUUUAACUGAUUAAUACAUUUACAUUAUAAUGGGAUUAUCGGUUAGCAGCUUAUUCCUGUUUUUCAUAUAGCUCAACGACCAAACAGGUGAGCUUCACUUAUGCCGGAUACCUUGUGAUUAAAUGAACACAAAUAAAUUCAUGAACUACCAGCCUGUCUCAUGUGUGGUUUUUUAACCAGUUCACCAUCUUUUCAGACCGCAGUUCCCCUCUGGUACAAAGAGUGUGAAAAGUCACAGAUGUUAAUAAUUACCUGAAGAGAGUUGUUGCUGCUGUAAACUGUCACCGUGAGCAAUCACUGCGACACAAACUGGAGAAUUCAUUUUAUAUUUGCGUCUGUGCUCUAAGUAUAUGUCGCAACGUCUUCAUUUAAAGACAUUUCAAAAACAUGUGAUGACACAAGCUGUAUGCUGUGUGCUGUAACACAUGGGGAAGGAGACAGGACAUUGGGUCAGUGCUGCGCAAAAUCCCCAAAUUGUAUCAUGUUUAAAGAGUUGCUCUUGAACAUCAGACUCAUUUGGGUGCCCAGCCUUUGUCAUCUUUAGAGGUGAGUGUCUGAUUUAAUACAUUCUUCUUAUAUAGAUGGGUACACAUGAAAAAACGAAUAAAAGGGCAGAAUUAAAGUGAUAAACUGGGACUUUUUAUAUAUAAAAUUACAUCAUAUAUACCAACUAUCAUACCAGAAAAAAUGACAAAAGACUUUUAAGCCAUGAAACAUAUUUUAAGCCUCCCACUUAGGAGCUGAUACAAUAACCGUCGCUUAUAUUAAACAGAUAUUUCUCUGUAAUCUAAUUACUGAGUCACUGUAUCAGUGCCUCCUAAUUGUGCUGCAUCUUAUUUAACUUUAAGUCUUAUUUUCAUUGGACAGUCACGCUAUGUACAAUAGUACAACAAAAUUGGAGUACUGAAAGCAAAUUAUAAUAAAUAAAUACCACAUAUAGAGAAUAAAAUAUAUAUAAUAUGUGAAAAAAUAAAACGAGUUCAUCAGGUCAGGUCAGGCACUUCUCUGGAGGUUAUAAUUUAUUAAAGAUGUUCUUUAAACUGUCACAGUGGUAGCUGUUUAGUUCAGCACAAGUUUGAUUUAAAGCUACGAAAGGCAACUUUUGCAACCACAAAUUAUACAAUUUUUACAAGUCAAAAAAAAAUCAACUUUUGUCCAUACGCUUCCUGUGUUUGCAUAGUGUUGGUAGUGCACUAAUAUCAUUCUGUUUCCCAUCUACAGCCAUGUCAUUUGUCUAUGUCUUUGAAGACGAUUUCUUUGGAAAUUACUCCAAUUUCAAUGGGUCCAAUGAAUCCGGCACAUUCACUCCAGAUCCAGUUACCUUAAAAUGUGGAAACAAACCACUGGAACCUUCAGCAGCUAUUAUCCUAUGUAAAAUCCUCAUAGGCAUCUUCUUACUGGCUAUACCAGGAAACAUGCUGGUAGGAUGGGUGAUCAGGACCAGCCAACAAACUCUGACUCCAUCAGAUGUGUACCUGUUCCACCUGACCAUAGCAGACGGACUGAUGGCUCUGACGCUCCCGUUCUUUGCUGUAGCACUGAUCCAAGGAUGGAUCUUUGGAGACUUCCUGUGUAAAUUCCUCAACCUCGUCAUGGAUGCAAACUUCUACACCAGCAUCAUCUUCCUUGCCUGUAUUAGCAUCGAUCGUUACCUUGUGAUUGUGCACGCCAGGGAGACACUCAAGAGCCGUCAGAGGAUGUGCAGCAAAAUGCUCUGCACAGCGGUGUGGGCCCUCGGUUGUGCCCUCGCUCUUCCUGCUCUUUUUAAUGAUGUCAAUAAGGCAGAUGCCGAGAAGAUGAUUUGCUCUGUGAGCUUUGACAUCGGCAGCUCCACCGUAUGGCGGAUCGCCACUCGGGGCUUCAUUCAUAUUUUUGGAUUUUUGGUCCCUGCGAUUGUCAUGAUCUCCUGCUACAGCAUCACUGUUGCACGGCUGCUGCUCACUCGUGGUUUCCAGAAGCACCGAGCCAUGCGGGUGAUCAUAACCGUGGUGAUUGCAUUUCUGCUCUGCUGGACACCAUACCAAAUAACCAUCAUGGUAGACAUACUGCUGAGGGCUGAUGUAGUACAGUUCAACUGCGCUAUGAGGAGGUCGGUGAGCACAGCGGUGGUUGCAACCCACUGCCUGGCUCUGCUGCACAGCUGCAUCAACCCUUUCCUCUACGCCUUCGUGGGAGAGAAGUUCAGGAAGAAGAUGAAACUGCUUCUUCAUAGAAAGCUCAGACAGGAAAGGAUGUCAGGGUCAAGGUUCAGCAGGUCAACAUCUCAGACCUCAGAGGGCAUUGGAACAGUUCUCUGAGCGCUGGGUGAAUUUUUUUUAUCUCAAGACUUCUAGAAAACAAACUGCUUUUAAAUAUAUAAAAGAAGGAAAUAUUGGUCGUUUUAAUUUGUCUAGUUGUCCAAAGUUUAGUUAUUAGAGUAAAUCCUCUCUGCACCAUUUAAUACAUAUUAAUGCCACCGAAUUUGCACCAAAAUCAUGGACUGAAUAGCAAACAUGGCCACCAGUCGAAUCUGCGCUCCAUUAAAAAAAUGCAAGAGCCAUAUUUUUUUUAUUUGGCUCAUGUAAACUAUUUAAAGUCUUAUGUAGGGGAAUUUGGACCUGAUGAUGUCAUCUUACAGCUGUAAAUAUCUUUUAUUUUCAUUUCCUGACUUUUUUUUUUUUAGGUUUUUUUUAUUGCUUCUGUUCUUUUUUAUAUUGAACUUAAAAAAAUCUUAACUUACCUUUAAUGUAUCUAGUCUUGUUUGCCCUCACAGUUUAGAUUUCAGAUUUGAAUGACUUCCUGCUUUUGCUUGCUUGCCAAAUCAUGUUGGAAACCAUUUGUUUUUAAAGGUGCUGUAUGAAUAAAACUGUUAUUACUAUCAUGUGCGAGCAGCUGGAAAGAGGAUUAAAUACAUAUUCAGGAAAUAAAAUGCAGCUUUUUAUGACAACUGGUUUUUAAUUGACUAACAUUUUUAUCUAUUAGCUACUAUUGUUACGCACAAUCAACUAAACCAACUGCAACUUAUGGUAGAUUACUUAUAAGGGUUUAAAAUAAGAUGAAUAAAUUACAAAGUCCAGGUCUCUUUUCUCUUGCUGCAGGGCAGUGUGGAUAUUGUGUAUUAUUUAAAUGUCCUUGCCCAGAUUUCAUAUUACGUUUACGUGCUGCAUUGCUGCCAUCUAAUGGACUCACUUUGGUAAUAAGGAAUUUCCUCUACCUUGAUCAAGUCCAUGUUCAUUUUUACACACAACUGAAUUCUGUGUCAUUCUGUUUCAAAUCAAAUUAAAUCUACUUGUUACAACUUGUAUAAACAUUUUAUGGUAUAAAGUUUGAACAUAUAUAAAAAGUUUUCAAGAUAUAUAUUUUUCAAAAAGGCCCAUUAAAGCACGUUGAAUGUGUAUAUACAUGCAUAUAUAUACAGGGAGUGCAGAAUUAUUAGGCAAAUGAGUAUUUUGUCCACUUCAUCCUCUUCAUGCAUGUUGUCUUACUCCA